AUGCUAUUGCAGGUUUCCUCGCCGAAUGAUGACACUGAAUGGCUUGAUUUUCUUGCUAUCUCAGAUUUGUUUAGGGAUGAACCGUCAGAAGUUUCCAGCGAAAUGGACAUCAUGGUGAGAGGGACGUUCUCAACUGCCGCUGCCUCCUCUCUCCCCUCCUCCUACACUUCAUUCUUCGCUGCUCGGCAUAUUUUAUUGGAGCUCAAGGUCAGCCGGCGCUGCCUGUGAAAGGCACAGCUCAUCCCUUUUGCGCUAAUAUAAACAAUUUGCGCCAGAAAAUAUUGCCUUUUGUGAUUUUCGGUGCCGAAUGUGACUGACGAUGCGAAGAAGGCGAAACUGGUGGGGGUUGGAUCCGAAGUCGUAGUACACCUGACGCAGAUUAUCCGUACCUCUUUUGUGUGCUUCCUAGCUGGAGAUAAAAGCGUGCUAGAAGUCGUCUUCAGCUUGCUGUGGAACACGCGGUGGACAUCGUCGGUUGCAACAGGCGCACUCUCAUCACAUCCGUUAGUUUAAUAUUAGAUAGAAUGGUGUUACCGACAAAGACAAGGAAGACUGGAAUGGCCAUUUCUGGCUUAUUAGCCUUCGUCAGCCAGCCAUACACAACCCCGAAGUGUGAAACACCCGAGGCGACCUGUUAGUUAGAAGUCCACGCCUCUAACCAUUUCUGUCUCCCUUGUCUUUGUCGGUAAUUCCAUUCUGCCUAUAGCAUGCACCGCUGGGCUGCUGCUGGUUUGGCUCGAGAGAGAGCCCGUAAGCCACAACGGAAUCAGUUAGUUCCUUAAGGACGAUCGGUGAGCGUCCCCUACCAUUAGUGUUAGAUGUCUGUGUGCAAAGUAAGCAUCCGACGCACGCUGUUUGUCCUAGGUUUGGAUACCUUUUUCACUUACUUGACAAUUUCGGGCAAUGGAUCCCGAACAAAACUAGGAACACUGUAUGGAAAUCCCACAAACUUCGAAGAAGGCUGUCCGAGUGAUGGGCUUAAGCAAUUCAAACUGCUUUCCAUCAAACGGGGAUGUCCACCGUGUACGCCAAAGCAAGGUGAGAGCAGGGACGUUGCUUUUUGCGUCAUUUUAUUUAUACUGAUAGCAGAUAUGUCCAGCGUUUACCGCUCUCUCUCCUCCUCCCCCACCUGGACCCGGUGUUAAGAUCGGAGGCGGGAGAAGAUGCGGAUGGCUGGCACGGCAAAACCACGCACCUAGGCCUGUCACCACACUCUCUGGUCCACAACGAACACUGACUUGAGUGCUGAUAGAAGCGAACAGGCGAGUUCCAGGUUGCACUUAAGAAGACGUAGAUGCGGUCACUGGAACAAGAAAUUUAUUAGCCUGACGUUUCAGAUUCUCACUCGAAUCAAUCAUCGUCACCUUUUUCUACGAAUGUCUCUGAUGUUGGAUUAAAGUGAGAGUCCGAAACCUCAGGCCAAUAAAUUUCUUGUUCCAGUGAUCGCAUCUUCGUCUUCUGAACUGACUAGGGUUUUAUGCCGCAAUAGGAAAGGAAAGUGGUGAUGUAGCGGCCGAGGACGUCAAGGGUAGCACACACCAAAGUAUGGAAACGCUGAGAGAAGAUCCUGGAGGAGAUAGAUCUGAACAGAACUGUUAGAAUCUCAUGAUACUUAUUCACAUGCAGGAGAAGAAGGUACGUCGAGUAGGGGAUAUAGUAUAAUAUCACGAGAUGAGCACGGGAAAGACGUAUAAUAAUUUUUAAUAGUACGAGCAGGAUGAGUUACACUUGUGAAGUAACCUGUCUGGGUGGAGAGGCGACACCGACAUAUCAGCUAAUUAACCGGCGGGGAACGCAGCGCUGUGAGCAACUGCGGGGAAGGGCCGGGGGAGGUGCCGACGUAGAGAGGAAGAGAACGGUACGAACGUUACGGUACGAUGCGGAUCAAGGGGUCGGCGGAAGUGAGAGGAAGGGAAACCGGCCAACCGGUCCAACGACGGGCAACAAAGCUUGUCAGAGGUCAUAAAAACCUACCUUACGAAACUAGACUGUCAAAUCUUAACCUCUUUCCCCUGGACUACAGACAAUUACGUGGCGACUUAAUUCAAACGUUUAGAAUGUUACGGGGUCAAUAUUGCUGCCUCGCAUCCGGCGACUUCUUUCAGCUGGCCACCACUACUAGCUUCAGUGGACAUCCUCUGAAAUUACGUGUGACAGGGGCGAAACUGGACGCAAGGAGGUCCUUCUUCAGCCACAGAGUGGUAGAGGCAUGGAAUGCCCUGCCUGUGGACUUCGUCCUGUCCUCAUCCGUGGACUCAUUUAAGAAGAAGCUUGACUAGUACAAGGAUAUGUACCUUCACGGCAUCAAAAACUAACAAAUUUCCCCCCUGUACUACCGGCCCCACCCAACGUUUUACGUUACAAAGCAUGCUACUCUCUAUAUUUUAGUAACAUUACGCUUUAUGUUUUUCGUUAUCUCCUGACCGAAGCAUAUGCGCUUGCUUCGAUAUUACUUGGUCCAUUCAGUACCGUGCUGGUCAUUGCACAAUUUUGACGUAGAAGGCAUUCACAGACAAAUUUAUACCAGUGACCAAUGCUUGUUGUAUGUAAUUACUUAUCUAAUUUUUUUCACACUUGCCUUACACAUUGUUUUUUAUGACGUUAUUGUAACCAAAAGGGGGUUCAAAGGCGCUCGUCUACCUUUCCCUUAAUAAAUCUGAUUUUAUCUGAUUUUCGCCAGUACGCGGUUAUGCCAUCUCCACCCUUGGUCCGCGCGCUGAAAAGUGUUACAGCAUUCAAACAAUCCUGUUCAUGUCAAGGGACGUAACAGUGACACCAAUCUUAAUUGGCGCGGCAUGAUUCUGUAACUAGGGGCGCCGCCACAGCCCAAAUGUUGGCUGUUAUUAUGAGUGCGCAUGUCCAAUAACUCCUGUCGGACUGCCAUCUAACCUCCGUUUUGGUCCAGCGCAUCUACCGAGUGACCAUUUUCAUGGGCACCCGGUAUGACAAUUUAUUGGAUUCAAAGAGCAGAUGUUCUCCUCAUGAAAUUGCGUGGAAGAUGUUGCCUAAUGCGACUGUCCGCCUAUUUAAAUUGGGUCACGACGAGUUGAUGCGUCAAUUGCAUCAUUGGGAGGCCUACUAAGAUAAUGGGCCACGGAACAAUCAAUAUCGUCAUCAUUCAUUUUACGCUAUGUAGGCAAAACAAUAACAUACCAAAAGCGGUUUGUUAAUUCAAUACUUUGUAUUGCGCCGUUUGGACAUUAAUUUAUUCCAAUAAUUCUUAUGCAGUCAAUUUUGGAACCCUUCACAAACCUUCUUUACAUAGGAUCGCCCAAUCUUCUAACCUUUACUGUUGAAGCAAAUAAUUAACGAAAAAGUACCGACUAGAGGCAGAUUUUGCUGAAAUGUACAAAGCAGCCUGUACAAGAAAGUACCCGACUGAUAAAUUUUUUUCAUUCCUUUAACCAAGUCACACCGUUGUGUGAUAAGACCUUAGAUGACUAAGGUGUAACUUUAAGCGACCUUGGAUUUUAAGGUUUCGCUUAACUUAAAAAAUAUCAUUCCUUAUCCCUGUAUCUCUAAUUCCUAUUGGAAUAGCGAUCAUUUGAUGACAGGUUUCUAGGCGUCCUCUCGAAAUCCGACUUACUACUACGGUGUAAAUGUAUCGUGCAGAGAAGAAAGACACGGAUUGGCUAAGUGUGGGGUAACACCUUUUCUCAUAGGAGACAAGCUGGUUUCUUUAUCAACCUCAGGCUUCACUUGAUGGCUGCCUUCUGGCGUGCGUGACUGUAAAGUGACCAUUUCUAUGACCCUUUGACGAUAUUUUAAAGCACUUGGUUACACAGGCUGCAUUGGACAGGACCCACGCUGCGUUUUUUAAGUUCGCCGAUCCGGUUGCAUGAACGCUGUUCAACCUAGUCAUGGUUAGCACAUUCAGACUCAGAUGCAUCCCCUGCUAUUAUCAUGCACGUAGACGGUGCACAUGUAUCGCUACCUUGUAGUGCAGACAAAAUUAAAGAUGGCAUAAAAUGCCCGUAUAAAGACGGGGCAUGCGGAGCGCUGCCUUUUUGGUCAGACGCGGUUAAGUUGGUAGAAAAUUCCUGUAGGCAGUACACCGACAUUGCUCGCCGAGGGCGUCGGUUGGACCGUCUCCUCACGACGAAUACUUACGCUUGCAGGUCACCAAACUGUUGUAACCGUACUUCAGUUAGAUAUGAUAAAAUAUUGCCAAUAGAAGCGAAGAGACGAGUCCCAGGAAGGAGUCUUGAAGAAGGAGACACGAUCGCCGGGACAAGAGCUUCAUUAGCCUGAGGUUUCGGAUUCCUACUCGAAUCCAUCAUCAGAGACAAAAGAGCAGAAACGGGUGGUUGCUGCACAAGGGGCUGCGGUAUUUAUAGGAUGCAGUAGCCAUGCUACUGCAUACCUAUGAACAUUCACGGCUCCCCCCUUCAUCCGAGAUCGUCGCACGUGGUGUGAUCAUUGCUUGAUGGCCGACAUUCGAGUCGAUAAUUGCUGCAAUUUCAUAACGUGCGUUGGAUGUUGGCGUGAUGAUUGCUCGGCCAUCUAACGCACCCACCCCGGUGUUGGGAAAAGUGUUUACCUCUGCGCUCCCCGCAUGGCUUGUUACGCGGGGUAGGCAAAAUUUUAGCACGCAGUAUGGAGUGGGAAGAUCGUUGCACUUGUUGAUGGACUGGGGGCCAGUAAACCAUGACUCCAGUAGCUCCCGGCUCACGCGGUUGUCACCUCUUGCGAGAAUUUCGGUCUCAGCGAAUUUGAAUGUGUGGCCGGAUCUCGUCGAAUGAGCCGCAACUUGAGAGCUGGCGUCAUUUCUGCGCACCGCUGCCGCGUGUUCGGCCAUUCUCGUUCAGAGCUGUCUUCCGGUUUCUCCGACGUAGUUGCUUUGUCCGCAACUGCAUCAGAUCCGAUAAACGACUCCAGACGUUUCUAGCCGUGGCAGUGGGUCUUUCGGUUUCAUGACCAGACACAUGAUGGUUGCCUCCGGUCUGUGUGCCACUCCAACCCUAAGUGGUGCGAGAAGGCGGCCGACAGCUUUCAAAACGUUCUUGACAUACGGAAGUGCCCGCCAAGACUUGGUGUCCGUGCGGUUAGGCCUUUCGUCCCUUUUGCGUAUGCACCGGUCGACGAAGUUGCGCGGGUAGCCAUUGGCUUUGAAGAUCCGUCGGAGGUAUUGUAGUUCAGCAAUUUUGUCUUCCGGCUCACUGCAGUGCGUUUCGACAUGCCGAUAGAGCGUCCUUACGCAACUGCGUUUGUGGAUGAUUGGGUGGUUACUGUUGAAGUUCAGUACUUGCAUCGUAUUUGUCGCUUUCCUGAACACUUUGGUCUUUAAUCCACCACAAUCCUUGCGGCAUACGAGGACAUCCAGGAAGGCCAGCUGGUUAUUCUCUUCCUCCUCCAUCGUAAAUUGAAUGUCCGGGAAGACGGCGUUGAGAUGUUCUUGGAAUGUCAACACCUGAUCCCGUUCGAUGACGACGAAGGUAUCAUCCGCAUACCGGGCCCAGAAUUUCGGUCUGUGGUGUUGGAAGACCAGCGACUCUAACCAUAGCAGGACCGCCUCGGCGAUGAAUCCCGAAAUCGACGAACCCAUUGGUGUGCCUUUCACCUGUUCGUAGAUUGUCCCGUUGAACGUGAAAUACAUCCUGAGACAAAGCCAAAGGUUUACUUGAGGACCGACAGUUCUAUGUUCCAUGUGCAACGAACCCUUUUAAGGCGCUGACACGCGAAAUUAAUGCUACGUCGUUGGCCUUGGAGAACUGGGGUGCAAUAACACCGACCGACAGACGCAUGCCGAGACCCCAAGAUACGGAUUUGGCCCGAUUCUAUGGCCUCCCUAAGGUGCACAAAGACGGCGCUCCCCUUCUCUGGCCUAUCGUGUCGCUCAAAUGAACUCCAACGAACGGACUGGCUAAGUGGCUGUUCCGGCGUCUCAAAUUCUUGACCGCUGAGUCAGACAGCACGGUCUCUUCGUCAGCACAAUUCCUGGAGAAACUCAAAGGGGUAGGCCUCCAUCCAAAUGAGGUCAUGGUAUCUUUUGAUGUUACAUCCCUUUUUACUUCUAUUCCCCAGGACCUGGCGAUCGAGACAAUUGAGCUGCAACUACCAAGCAAAUAUGAUGAAACGGAGAACCGUCUUGGACACGCCCAAAUCCUUCAGCUCCUGAAGCUCUGUCUCAGGACGUACUUCACGAUCAACGGGACAAUCUACGAACAGGUGAAGGGCACACCAAUGGGUUCGCCGAUUUCGGGAUUCAUCGCGGGGGCGGUCCUGCAACGGUUAGAAUCGCUGGUCUUCCAACACCACAGACCGAAAUUCUGGGCACGGUAUGUGGAUGACACCUUCGUCGUCAUCGAACGCACCUGCCGACGAGAAAGCAUCCGUUGUCUCAUUUCUCAUGCCGUCGACAACAACGCGGACAUUGGCCGCUCCUUUAUUUCCUACUCCUAUCUCGUUAGUAACUUCACACCAGAAAUCGUCAUACCUAUUGGAUACUUCAUACCUGCAAUUUCUGAUUACUCUGGUUCCCUUAUCUGCAGUCAGUCCCCAAUUGUUGUCGUGAAAGCGUUCGUACAUGCACUCCCGCCUGCUGGCCCGGUGUGCCUACCUCAACCUAG